GUCCUGAGCUCAUCAGAUCGAAAUGAGAUCCCUUGGUCGCUUUCAGAGCUAGAAGAUGCGUUCAACAGGCUGAAAACACAGCAUGAAAUUCCGGUCAAGUUUUACUUCCAUAUUGACGGGCUCGACGAAUUUGACGGUGAUCAUUACAAGGUCAUCGAUAUCAUGGAGGCACUUGCCCAGCUUCCUAAUUUCAAGAUAUGUGUGUCGAGUAGGCCGUGGAAUCAAUUCAAACACACCAUUGGGCAGUCAAGUGCAGAUUCGAUGCAACUACAUCUCUUCACUCGAAAAGACAUUGAAAAUUUUGCUCGAGAUUCGAUACUAACCCACAGGGACUACCAGAGACAGAACGUCCAGAGACAGCAAUAUGAAGACCUUGUCAACAGUAUAGGGCAGAGAUCAGAGGGCGUCUUCCUGUGGGUGCGCCUAGUUGUGCGUUCAUUACGCGACGGACUUCUCAACGACGACCCGGUCAGUCUCAUAAGGAAACGGCUGGAGCAAUUGCCCAUAGACCUGGAACAAUUUUUUCGGCACAUCUUGGAAUCAGUGGACUCUGUCUACAGUGAGCGGAUGGCGCGAACAUUCCUAUCCGCACUUGCCGCCCCUGAGCCUCUGGAGAUUAUACACUAUUCAUUUCUGGACGAGGAAGACCCAUAUUUCGGAUGGACACUCACAUUCGAACCUAUGGAUCCAACCACGGUCACCAAAAGAGUUUCUGAGACGCGAUGGAGACUCAACGGCCGAUACAAGGGUCUACUAGAGCCGUCUUCAGACGAAGAUUCGAGUCGCGUUACAGUUGAUUUCCUUCACCGGACU